GUGUUUUCUUAUGACAGCUAUGCGCUACCGUUUGAGCAAGUGUUGGAUCCUGUUGAGAAGACGAUAUUUUUACAAGACAAUUGGCACACAACGAUAACAAUAUCGAUCACAUAUUUCAUAAUCGUGAAACUCAUUCAACGCAUCAUGCAGCAACGAGAAGCAUUCCAUUUGAAGUGGCCUCUUUUCGCAUGGAACGCAUCACUUGCCGUUUUCAGCACAAUCGGUUUCAUUCGUUUCUCAGAGGAUGUGUUCGAAUCGUUGAUUCAUCAAGGAACUUAUCGAACGUUCUGCUAUUCGGUUCAUCCGAAUGAUGUUGCCGCUUUUUGGGCGCUAUUGUUUGCGCUGUCAAAGUUGGUUGAACUCGGUGAUACACUUUUCGUUGUACUCCGGAAGAAACCACUCAUAUUUCUUCAUUACUACCAUCAUGCGGCCACCUUGAUUUAUACGGUGCAUUCGGGUGCCGAGAACACUGGCUCGGGACGUGCAUUCAUCAGUAUGAAUUUUUUCGCGCAUUCAAUCAUGUACACUUACUACGCAUGUACUGCGCUUGGAAUUCGGCCACCAAACCACUUCAAAAACUGUUCUCAUAUCAUCAAUAAUUUCAGAUGUCAACAAUCCAUGAGCAAUCUCUUGCUCGCGUUCAUUUUGUACGUCACAUUCGCAAUUUUGUUCGUUAAAUUCUUCAUUGAAACCUACAUAACAAGACGACGAAGGAAACAGAAAGCGUUGGAUAAAACUGAUUGA